UGUGAACUCGUUCAGAAGGGGGGGAGAAGCCUUUCCAACGUUCCUACUCUUCAAUUUCAUUUCUCAUACUUCAUUAAACCCUUUUGAGAACAAGCAAGGUGCCUUAAACCCUCGGAACCAAGAUGUCUGCUUCCAUCAUUGUCGCGAGAUUAUCUUCUCGUUCUCCAUCUUUGUUUCGCAAACUUCACAAAAAUGCGAUCUCAUCUGUAACUUCUCCGUUCAAAUCGACCUCUCAGCCUCAGAUUUCUACUUCUGGAAGGCGCAUUUGUGGGAUCUCAAGAUUACCGUUGGAGUUAAGCAGUUUGCUAUCGAUGAUGCCGUUACACAGCGCGAUCGCUUCCGCUCGUCUGAGAUCGAGCCUGUCGAUAGAAUCUCAGAGCUGGGGAUUGAUUCCUCAAGGUAUCUCUAUGCCUUUAUGACAGCAUUUUCUUUGGCCUUGGCUGUUUCUUCUAGCAGAUUUGUUGGGUAGGAAUCUGAAUCCCAUUUUGACUUCUCUCUUCAAAAUGUAAGAACUAAAUUGCUGAAGAGUUUUUUGGCAUCUUAGGUGAACAUCCUUCAUGCAUCCUCUUAAGAAAACAAAAAGAAAUUAACCGGAAGGAGCCAGUUGCUUACAGUUAGAUAUACAACGGUUAUUUGCACAAACUUGAUUUCAUGAUGACAAUGUGAAAUUUUUAGUUGGGCUUGAGACUCAAAUUUUAAUGUAAAACUUCUGAGCAUGGGCAAAGUGGAAUGGUUUUAGCUCUUACACCUUUGGCUUAUUUGUGUUGUUUUUUCUCCGUAUUCUAUGUUUUCUGGACUAAGAUGUCCAAAGUCCAAUUAUGAAAGGAGGCUUCGCAAAAUGAACUGUAGUGUAAUCUGCCCCCGUGAAUCACUGUAAUCUCUGUUACCGUCGAAUGUAUGGUGGACAAAGUGCCUA